CCUCAGCUAAGCCUUGAAUUUAACUGUCAAAUUAUUUAAGUCUCUGGCAUAUUAAAAUAUGAAUCCAAUUGAACCAGAAAUCUAUGGCAUCCCACCCGACCUGACCAUACAGCACGGAGUCCGCAUCUACGCAUUGAGUGUGAUCUUUGCCAUCGUUGCCAUCUUUCAAUGGGUCUUUGUUGGAUAUUUAUCGGACUGGAGCAAGCAUCGAAUGCCACCAGUACGGUAUGGGUAUUGGCUAGUCGGUUCUUUCUUUGGAAUCUCUGUUCUAUCCUGUACGGCACUUGGUCGCAAGUUUCCCUGCAAUAUAUUUCUCAUUGCGAUCAUUGUCGAGAGCUCAACACUGUACAUUGCCGUAGAACAGCAGAAUACCAGGGGAAUAUUGGUUAAUAUCUAUGCGUGCCUCAUUGUGAUAUCCGUGGUGGUUGCCUCUAUCAUCUACGGUGCGUACUUCCCAAUGCGGUUAGUUCCCGGCGAUUUGCUGCUCAGUGUCCUGGUUGCUUUGGGAAAUAUCAUGUUGUUGGUCUUUUUUUUAAACGCCUACAUAUUCGAGUCCCCCUCCGUGUUUAUAGUUGUACGCAAUUAUUUUGCGUUUGUCGCUGUAACUAUGAUCAUGUAUACGGCAACGAUUAUACAUGAUCGACAGUUUUAUGUGCCGAAGAACGAGUAUCUAUUUCUCAGUGUUUUAUUAUUCUUCGGUCACAUGAUAUUGCACGAGAGAAUCCUUGCUUUAUCUCUAAAAGAGGCCAAUCGUGUGGAUUGUAACGCUUUUAUAUAAUCAGAAUAAUAUGGAGUAGACUUAUUUGUGAAAGAAUUUAGUAAUAAACAGAUAUUGUAUCUUGGUAUGCCUACCAAC